UUUUCGAAACCUGUUGGCUGUUGCUUCUCUCCCACUCUUGAUGAUUGUGAUCUAUGAGAAAUGACUUUGGUUUGUUUUAUGAAAUGUAAUUGACCAAACAGCCUUCAUAUCAUAUCAGUCAGUCUUUUGCAGAACCAAGAAGUGGCCUUUUCCGCUUGUCCUUAUUCACCCUCCUGGAAUAUAGUCUGUCUCUCUGUCUCUACUCUCUGUCAUUCCACUUUUCAACCAUUUUGUUCCCAAAUCUCAGACCCUUCCUUUGUCUUCUCUAUAUGGGAUGGGUGGUCGAUUAAUGAGUAACUUCCAAUUCCAUUCCAAAAGAGACUCUUGGAGAUCGGCCCGGCUGGUUUUUUGUUUUGUUUUGGUUUUUUUUUUUUGUAAUUUUCACUGUUGAUUCAUUUGGGGCAAUGGAAGAUUGCCUUCUUGAUCUUGAGGUAGAUGUCAAUGGAGAAGAGAUAUUCAUGGUGAAUAAGGGUGUUUUGUCAACUUAUUCGGGAAGAAUUAGUAAAUUACUCAGUGCCUCAGGAGGUCGUCUGAAGGUGAUAUUCCAUGACUUCCCCGGAGGAGCUGCGAAUUUUGAGGCGAUUGCGAGGUUUUGCUACAACGGAGGGCGAAUCAACAUAAGUCCUUACAAUAUUGACACACUCACCUGUGCUGCACACUUCAUGAAAAUGAACAAAUCUGUCUCUGCAAGGAAAAAUUUAUGUGAGAGAAUGGAGAAAUCUCUGGAAGAGAUUAAGUCUUGGGGUUGGUCUGAAGUUCUUGGGGCCUUAAAGCAGUGCCAUGAUCUAUGCCCUGAAGCCUGUUCAACGAGCGUAAUUGACAAGUGUUCGGACUCUCUCAUCAGUAGGAUUGCUUCAUCUUGUGAAGUCAGCCCCUGCCCCUCAAUCUCUUCAUCUGAUAGCUCUGGAAUUCGACUGUCAUGUGACACUAGAAGCACCGAAAGCUCUAAGAACAGUUCCUUUAGGACAAUAUGGUGGUUUGAAGAUUUCUUGGCAUUGGACACUAGUGUAAUUCGAGCACUCGUGAAAAUGAUGAUAGCAAGAAAUUUCGAUCAUGGGAUUAUCAGCAGGUUUCUAUUUUACUACCAGAAAGCAAGGCUUGUAUCCGCCCCUGCUGAUCAAAAGAUAAAAAUCAUGGAGACAGUAAUUGACAUGCUCGAGUGCUUGGAUAUUAGAUUGGUGUCGUACAAGAUGUUAUUCCAUCUUCUAAGAGUUGGAGUGAAACUAAACUUGAGCACGUCGAGCAGGGACAAAAUAGAGAGUAUGAUCGGGUUGCAGCUAGAUCAAGCAACUUUGGACAAUUUGCUGGUUCCGUCUCCAGUUAGGACAAGUUAUUUGUAUGACGUGAAUUUGGUUCUUAGACUUGUGAAAUCCUUUCUCAGCAAAGGAGUUUGCUGCGUGCCGCUGAGUAGGCUUAAAAAAGUCGCAAAUGUGAUGGAUUUAUAUCUAGCUGAAGUCGCCCCGGAUCCAUGUUUGAAAACCUCCAAGUUCUUUGCCCUGAUGGAAGCGUUGCCAGAAUCGGCUAGAGACUGCUAUGAUGGAGUAUACGACGCCAUCAGUCUGUAUCUCCAGGUUCACUCAGGCUUGUGUGAAGAGCAGAAGAUGAGAUUGUGUCUUGGACUAAAUUAUGAGAAACUUUCAUCGGGCGCCCUGAAUCAUCUGGUCCAGAACCCGAAUUUCCCUCCAAAAUUGGCUGUGGGAGCCCUUAUUUGGCAGCAGCGUAAGCUGAGAAGCUUGCUGUUUCAUAGCGCGAGCAAAGGCAGCACCAGCACCUCCUUCUCGGGUGGUUGUGUAGGCGGGAUGGAGGAGGAGGGGGAGGGGUCGAAGCAGCAGCAAAUAGUUGUGUAUGCGAAGAAGGUGGCGAGGCAUUUGGGGGAGAAGGAGAUGAUGGAAGCAGCGCAUCUGCAUCUGCAUCUGGAGGGGAUGCAAUGGAGAGUGGUGGAGCUGGAAAAAGUUUGCAGGAAGAUGCAGGUCCGGAUGAGGAAGAUGAUGAUGAUGAAGAAGAAGAAGCAGAUGCAGAAAUCAACAACAAGAAGUAAUACUAGGGCGAUGUUGCCUAAGUUGUGCUCAUAAGUGAUCAGUGUGAGCCUGAGUCUGUGUGUCCGACCAGGAUUGUAGUAGUAAUAAAAAGCUAAGUAAGAAGUAACACUGUAUGAUUAUGUUAGUAUGUAUGUACGUAUGUUUAAUUAUGUAUAGAAAUGGGAAUUGGUGGUUGAUUGGUGUAAGAAUAUAUAGCACAGCAAGCAUUGUGUCAGUUGUGUGCUUCCUAGCUCAAUCAUAUUCAUGAGGACGGGCAGGGGGUGAGUUACAGAACAGUGGGACG